AUGCAGGCAUCAUUGCUGUCCAAAAUGAAAAGAGAAGUCCAGUGUGCUGAUGGAAUGUACCAACAUGAUAAAACAACCUGUUGCCUGUGUGCCAUAGGUCAGCGCUUGAAAGAACACUGCACUGCUGCCAGUCCAAAAGAUACGCAAUGCGAACAAUGUGAGCCGGGCACAUAUAACAGCCAACCGAACCAGGACAAAAGCUGCAAACGCUGCACGUCCUGCUCACACAAGAAUGCUGCUCUGGAGGUGGAGACGACCUGCACCCGAGGGCGUGACACCAAGUGCCGGUGCAAAGCUAAUCACUACUGCAUUUCGGUCGGCACUAAAGGCUGUACAACUUGCAGUCCUUGUACAGAGUGCGGUUUGGAAGGUGUCAGAGUUGCCUGCAAUGCCACUCAUGACACAGUGUGCAAUGCCAAAUUAGAAAGGAGAGCUUAUGUUUACACAGGAGUCGCUGUCGCUUUAGCAAUAAUUGUAGUUGCUGUGUUCAUCUACAGGAACAGGAAACUAAUCCCCCAAACGGACCCUUUGCCGUAUCUGCCCGCUAUUGCAGAAGUGAUAGGGUGGAAGACUAUGACGAGGGUGGCAUACAAGAGCGGGAUGAAUCAUGUCACGAUUGAGAACUGUGAACUGGACCAGCAGCAUGACAGUCAGGAACGGACGCUGCAGCUACUGAGGAUAUGGGUGGAACAGCAGGGCAUGGACGCCAUGAAAACAUUGGUACAAAUCCUGCAUGACAAGCAUAAAUACCAAGCUCAGAAGGUGUCGCAUAUUUUAUCAACUAGGAUAUGA